AUAAUUUUGCUUAGGUUUUUCCGUCGGAUGUCCCCAAUUGGAGACAACAGCAGGCUUUCUUCCACCUCAAGGCUAGAGAGAGAGAGAGAGAGAGAGAGAGAGAGAGAUAUUCAGACAGAUUCGAGAGAGAGCAAGAGAGUGAAAAUGGACGCUCCUCCAGAGAACGAUCGAUGUGCAAUUUGCCAUGACAACUUCAACAUUCCCUGUCAAGCCAAUUGCUCCCAUUGGUUUUGCGGAAGUUGCAUCAUGCAAGUUUGGGAUUAUGCAUCAGUACGUCGGCCAUGUAGAUGCCCUCUAUGUCGCCGUGAGAUCACCUUAUUGGUUCCAAGUGAGGCUUCCGUAAGACAGCGCAAUGAUACUGAUAUUGCUGAAGUUCUUGGAAAGGUUGAAAGGUACAAUCGUUCUUUUGCUCAGCAUGAUCGUGACCUUGUUCAGAGAAUUAGAGACCUACCUUUUUUCCUACGGAGGCUGUUGCGAGAAAUAAUGGAUCCUCAGAGAUCUCUUCCCCUUGUCAUCAGGGCACGUGUCUAUAUUGCAAUGAUCCUAAGUGCUGUUUACAUACUCAGUCCACUCGACUUCAUUCCAGAAGGGAUAUUAGGUUUAGUUGGUCUCCUGGAUGAUCUCAUUAUUCUGCUUAUUUUCUUCUUUCAUGUUGCUGCCCUUUAUCGUACCGCACUCUAUUAUCGUCAUGGAGGUUCUUGAACUUUGCUAUAGUUUCGGCAAAUUUACAUCCACCAUAAAAGUCAGAACCACGGAAGAAGUAGGACAAAAAAUUUGUAGAAAGCUGGGUUUUUUUUUCUGCUAUUUUAUUUUUAUUUUUUUGGGUUCAUUUUACAGGGAAAUUGGAUAUGAAUUCAGUUUUUUUUGCGAAUGGGAAUUCUGUAAGCUGGUACAUAAGGAGAACUUGCCAUUGUAACACUAAAAGAGCUUGGAAUUGUAACUGCUAGUAAAGGUCUGUUCUUUUAGAGUGUGACUUGAGUGUAA